AAUGCUAGGUGAGAAAACAAAGAGCCAUGCCAGGACUACUUUGAGCACAGAUGAAAAAGUUAUAAUCACGCUGCCAAGGAGCGUUUCUACCACAGCAGAGUUCAUAGAGGUCCACGUGCUGGACGGCAGAUCCAUCACCAUAGUCAGCGCCAGCACCCAGACAGACUGGGAGUGGGUGGAGCAGGCACUCACAGACAGCUGUCAAGUUCAAAGUAAAGUGGAGAGGUUUGAGCCAAAAGUCUCAUCACAGACAGUUCCCCAGAGUAUAGUUAUUGGGCCACAUUCAGAGAUUGAAGAGACAGAUAUGGAGAAGGAAAAUGAGUUGUAUGGUAUACCUAAUGUGGGGCCACCUUCCAUGUUGGCCUACAAACCAGAGUCGAAACAACCGCCUGUUCAUUUUGAAAAGAUCCCAGUGUUGCCGAUCUCUGGAUCCUCUGAAGCUCAGUCCAAACUGAAAGUAGAGUUUGUUCUAUGUGACUACUGCCAGCAACCCUGUAACCCAUUCAUACGCCGGGAACAAUUGGAAAAUAAUCGUGACCUGGAAUUGCUCUUUUGCUGUGAACGGGCUCAGAAAAUGCGAGCGUUUCUCCUGGAAGAGGAGCGGGCCUUAGCCGCCAUGGAGAUGAACAGGAAGAUUGAUGUGGGCCCUCACCCACCCUUCAUGAACAAACAUGAGAAGAGAGCUGCAAAGGAGCGGGCAGAGCAGAGGUUGUUGGAAUGGGAACUUCAGAAGGUCCUGAAGAAAGGCAAUCAGAACCGAUUUUUUUCAGGUCAGAUCAAAACCAUCUCCUACAGACUGUCCAAUGAGGUUUGGACUUUCCGAGAAGAGUCUCACUUCCCUAAGAUGGACAUCAUGAACUCCUCAGAUAUCUUCACCCUCCAGGGGGAGACGGACAGGCAGCACAGAGAGAGGAGAAUACAUUUGCUUCUGAGGUUCUAUCCAAAUGGCAAACCCUUCAUCACGUUAUAUCCAGACGGAACAGGUAAUGUGUUCUAUCCAUCUGGGAAUGUUGCUGUCAUCAUCUCCUCUGUGGAGGCUGCUGACUUCACCUAUAUAAUCAUGGAGGACAAGGAUUUAGAGCCAAACUUUGAGGCCAUGUUUACAACCAGAGGCCAGUCUACGUGCUACCACCCCAAUGGACUUAUAUGGGUGAACCUGACCCAGCUGGGAGGCUCCUGCUGCAGUGAGACCGGGGCCCUGAGACGACGCUGGACCUGGCUGGACCUUGAGCCUCACAUCCAAGCCCCUCCCUUCCAGCCCAUCUGUCUGGUCCUGGGUAGCCACGUCAGCCUCCGCAUCCAGUCCCAGGAACGCAUCUACCUCACAUUCUCCUCUCACCAGAGCAGAGUACGUUUCAACGUGGGCUCCAAACUCAAGCUAACCCAUCCGGAAGGCCUAGUGAUGCCGGGGCCAGACAUCCUGCAACAACAUCUCCAAAUGAAAAGCCUGGAGAUUUACACUCUGCUGGACCGGAUGCAGACCUGCAUGGCCUACCAGCACUCGGCCAAUCCCCACAAUAUUAAGCCCCAGUACAGCCUCGUUGCCCAGAUGCAGAGACUCAAGAGACAGAUGGAAAAACAGAGCUCACCCAAAAAGACCAAAGCUCUCAUGGCCUCUAAGGACUUAUAACAACUGACAACUCAAAGCCUGUGUUGUUCUAGAAUUCAUAUUGUUGCUAUGAAACCAAGGCAUUUAGCAUUUAUUCUAAUUAGAAAUAAAUACAGUAGCCAUGUGUAGCUAUGCUAAAAUAUUAGAAAAGACUGGUCAUGUUUCUUGUCAGAUACAUUUUGAAUAGAUAUAAUGGUUGGCCCAUUGUGCAAAUUAAGAAAUUAGUCAGCAGUCUAAGUAAAAUGACGAAUGAGGCACCUCACUCUUCAAUCACAAGUAGGCCUAGAAGAUUCAGUUGAGGUCCCAACAACCCUUGAACCCACCAACCCGUGCAUAGGUUACAGCAGCCGUUUAAUGGUGCUGGUCGGCUGUACAGCAGCCGUUUAAUGGUGCUGGUCGGCUGUACAGCAGCCAGGCAACUUGAAGGACUUGAAGGAUGUGUAGUAAUGCAGGAAAUCUACAAACGGGAUAAUAAUGUUUUCACUAACUAGUUUUAUACUGACUCGGUGCAGGUAUCAUAGCUAACUCAGAAUCUUCAAUAGAAAUAGGCCACGGUAGACAGAACCUUAAUUACUCAUCUGUGCAGCAGCCUGAAGGUCAACUGAUUGACCAUGACAUUUCUGAACAGUCUCUUCAGAGGAGCUGUAUCUGCGAUGUUAUGCCCACGGCAUUUACAUAAUUUAAGUAAAAAUACAUCUUGCUAGUUGAUUUAAGAGUUGGCAUAUCAUAUUUUUCCAGAUAUAUAUAUAUAUAUUUUUAAGUAGUAGAAGGGGAAAAAAAUAGUUUUCAUGUCAGUGGCAUAACGUUGACUUAUCUGAAUGCCUGGACCACAGGCAUGUGGAGGUCAUCUCCAGAAUGAGCACCAGGACACAGACUGACUGGUUGGACCAGAGGAGACAUGAGGACAGUAGCAGAGGUAAGAGGAGAAAAGUACUAUCAGAUAGAUGAGUGAUGAUUGUUAUAGGUCAGACUUCAGAAUUAUGCUGAUCCUCGAAGCAUAGCAUGUUGUUUACUUAGCCCAACUAUUUCCCUUUCUCCUGACAAAUGAUUCCUUUGCAGUCAACAUUCAGUCAGAAGAAGGGACUAUAAAACCUGUAGAGGAAUCAGGGAUCCCCUUGGAAUGUGUGGAGAGACGUCUUGACUCCGAGGUAGCUAGGCGAAACACCGAUGUUUUAGAAAUAUUUCCUCACUAUGAAAAAAUAUAGUAAAUCACUUCAAAUCAAUUCCAAUAAAUGUCUAUUUCCUGUCUCUGAGAAGUCCCUGAAGUGCUCCAAGAGCGCGAUUUGUGUUGAGGGGAAAAGUCUACAUCUUCA